AUGGCAGUCGACGCUGGCGUUGGCAUCAACGAAGCCAACCGCUGGAGGUACCUCAACCACAUUCGCAAGACCAAAGGCCCCUUCAACGAGGACGCUGAGAUCUCGGAAGAUGGCCCGGAUCCGCUCCAGCAGUCAAAGAUCCUGGUGAUCGGCGCCGGCGGCCUGGGCUGCGAGAUGCUCAAGAAUCUGGCCAUGUCUGGCUUCAAGGACAUUCACGUCAUCGACAUGGACACGAUCGAUAUCUCGAAUCUCAACCGACAGUUCCUGUUCCGACAGCAUGAUGUCGGCAAAUCCAAGGCCGAAGUCGCCUCUGCCUUCGUCAUGAAGCGCGUCAAGGGCGUCAAGAUCACCCCACAUAACUGCAAGAUCCAGGACUUUGAUGAGGAUUUCUACAAGCAGUUUCAGAUUGUUAUCUGCGGCCUGGACAGCAUCGAGGCUCGGCGAUGGAUCAACGCGACCCUGGUGACUAUGGUCGACGACGAGGACCCGGACUCGCUGAAGCCACUGAUAGAUGGUGGUACCGAAGGGUUCAAGGGCCAGACCCGAGUCGUCUUCCCUACCAUCACCCCGUGCAUCGAGUGCCAGCUGGAUCUUUACGCCCCACGAGCUGCCGUGCCUCUGUGCACGCUCGCCACUAUACCUAGACAGCCAGAACACUGCAUUGAAUGGGCGCACAUCAUUGCGUGGGACCAGGAGAAGCCAUUCCCCAGCCUGGACAAAGACGACCCCGAGCAUAUCACUUGGCUGUAUGAAAAGGCAUUGAAUCGCGCCCAGGAGUUCAACAUUCCCGGUGUCACAUAUUCCUUGACCCAGGGCACUGUCAAGAACAUCAUUCCAGCCAUCGCCUCUACCAAUGCCAUCAUUGCGGGGUCGUGCUGCUUGGAAGCCCUCAAGAUUGCUACGCAGGCAGCUCCCUCGCUGGGCUUCAAUGACAAUUUCAUGUCAUACGAUGGCACCGAAGGUGUUUACACAAACACGUUCAAGUAUGAGAAGAAGGAUGACUGCGCUGUGUGCGGCUCGCUGGCCAAACCUCUGAAGGUUGAUCCCAACUGGACCCUGCGGGAGCUGCUCGAGUCCUUCGCGACGAAUGCUGCCGCGCAGCUGAAGAAGCCCUCCAUACGAACAGAAGAAAAGACGUUAUAUAUGCAGUUCCCGCCCAGUCUGGAAGAGACUACCAGACCAAACCUAGACAAGAAACUUAGAGACGGGCUGGGCUUGGUAGAGAAGCAAGAGAUCGCUGUGACGGAUCCUGCUUUCCCUCUCUUGUCUUUUAAAUUUAUCCUGCGGUUUUCGUGA